AUCUUCUGUGAAAUCUGUGUAUGCGCUAAAGCAGUCAGAAAGCCUUUUCCAAAAGCAAGCAAUACCAGGGCAAAAACUUAUAAUGAAAGGACUCACUCGGACCUUUGGGGACCUGCAACGGUACAAGGCUUUAAAGGAAAAAAGUACAUGCUGACGUUCACGGAU